AAGGCCGGUCGCCAUUGCGGCUCAAACGCCUGCAGUAGCGCAGUUGCACCGGGCCGUUUUGUCCACUACGUCUCAUUGUUUCACACAAGGAUCCCACAGCUGCCUCCUCUGGGCGCGAGGCUCGUCACAGCAGGCGGGCGGCGCGAGCGGCACCAACAGGGAGAGCAGCGGAGAAACAGAAAAAUGUCAGGACUCGUGUCCGUCGAUUAUGAAGUGUUCGGCCAAGUGCAAGGAGUUUUCUUCCGAAAGUACACAGAGCAAGAGGCGACCAAACUGAGGCUGGUGGGCUGGGUGCGAAACACCAUGCGGGACACUGUGGAGGGCCAGAUCCAAGGCCCAAAGGAAGCUGUGGAGAAGAUGAAGAACUGGCUGAGAAGCACAGGAAGCCCCAUGUCCCGUAUCGACAAGGCCACGUUCAACAAUGAGCGUGCGGUCUCUGCGCUGGAGUUCUCCUCUUUCACCACGAGAUACUGACACGUCGAUGCCUCUGUUAGCGGCGCUUACGCUCGCCCCGGCAGUUCUGCACACGAACAAAACGGUUUUGGCGCUUUCUCAGGGGCGCAGUGGAGGAGAGCACGUGGCAAGAAAUGUCUCCUAUGCAUAGAAUAAUUUUAAUAAAAGCGCUCUGUGCCGUUUAGAAAGCUUUACUCCAAAAGCGAUGUCACUGUAGAUCGAGAUUGUGUAUUUAUUCAAUUGCAAUGAAAUAAA